AUGUCACUGUAUCGUACAGCAGGCAGCACAGGGACAGCAUCGGCGAUGGCUACAGAUAAGGAAUUGGCAAAUGACAUUACAAUCAACAAUCCAGCAAACGAUUCGAUCUCAGAUAUUGCAUUCUCACCGCAGCAGGACUUCUUAUUUAGUUUAUCAUCCUGGGAUAACACGGUCCGUAUCUGGGAUGUUCAGAAUGGUAUGACGCAGGGCCGUGCUCAAUAUGAACAUCAAGCUCCUGUCUUAACUACAAGAUGGUCUUCUGAUGGAACAAAGAUCGCAUCAGGAGGUUGUGAUAAUGUUGUAAAGAUUUACGAUGUAGCAAGUGGCCAGGCUCAGCAAAUUGGUACACACGAUGCUCCAGUGAAGGCGUUGCGGUUUGUGCAAUGUGGCCCCUCAAAUCAGGAAUGCAUAGUAACCGGAUCUUGGGACAAAACGAUCAAGUAUUGGGACAUGCGACAACCACAGCCUAUAUCUACGGUCGCAAUGCCCGAGCGGGUGUACGCUCUGGACAGUAAACAGAAGCUCAUGGUCGUCUGCACCGCAGAAAGGCAUAUCGUAAUCAUAGAUCUUAACAACCCCGGUCAAAUCUUUCGGACUUCCAUGUCGCCGCUUAAGUGGCAGACGAGAACAGUCGCAUGUUACAUGGAGGGCAACGGGUUUGCCAUUGGCUCCAUCGAGGGUCGUUGCGCUAUCCAGUACGUCGACGAACAAGAACAAAGGAAAAAUGGCUUCUCUUUCAAAUGCCACCGCCAGCAGCAACAGCAGCAGACCAUCGGAACCGCAGCCAGUCGUUCCGCUACAGAAUCACAUGUCUAUCCCGUCAACAGCAUAGUAUUUCACCCUCAAUACGGUACUUUUGUUACAGCGGGAGGAGAUGGUUCUUUCCAUUUCUGGGAUAAAAACCAACGACACCGUCUAAAGGGUUUCCCAUCCCUCAAUGCUUCUAUUCCAGUCUGCAACUUUAACCGUAAUGGCUCUGUCUUUGCAUACGCUCUCAGCUACGACUGGCACCAGGGAUAUAUGGCUAAUAGGCCUGACUAUCCUAACGUUAUUAGGCUUCACGCUACUACUGAUGAUGAAGUAAAGGAAAAGAAAAAGCGCUGA